AUGAUCGGUGCUACCAUUCUGCAUCUAAUCACUAUGGCCGUCCUGAUCACUGCCGCCGCAACACAGGCUCCUCCCACUAAAUACAUUAACCACACCGUUGGUGACAAUGCCGGCUGGUUCUUCAAUUUCACCACCAACACCACUGCCACUAACUAUUCCUCUUGGGCUGCCUCCCAAACCUUCAAUCUCGGCGACUAUCUUAUUUUCAAAACGAGCUCAAAUCAGAUGGUGAUCCAAACCUACAAUCUGUCAACAUUCAAAAACUGCUCAAUCGAUGACUCGUCCUAUAACGAUACCUUCGUUUACAACGGAGGCAACACGGUAUUUAAUCAAACGUUGAACAUAAUUGUACCGUUGACUAUUCAAGGUCCGAAUUAUUUCUUCUCCGAUGCUAGUGAUGGCAUUCAAUGCCAGCAUGGAUUGGCCUUUGAUAUCAACGUUAGUCGCAGCCUUGGAUUGCCUCCCAGUCUUAAUCAGCCACUCCCUCCACCGUACAGGGAGCCUCCAAGUCCCGACUCAGCUUAUCCGCCGAUCACUAUUCCGGCCAAGGGAGAGGGGGCAGGAAAUAGUGGAUUUAAAAACGGGGCCAGCGUGCAAGUGAUUGCGUGUGUGAGUUUAUUUGCUUUGCUGGCAGUCAAUGGUGGGGAUAGGGGUGGUAUUUUUUGA